GUCAGCAACGCCGUUAACCGCCAAGCUAACAGUCACUUUUUUCCCGCGAAUGUGCCUUUCAUUAGUAACCUUCCUCCAAAUUCCGCGGUCUCCCAGUUUUCAAUCUGAAAUCUCAUUUCCUGAAUCUCCCCGAGUCCACCCACUGAUCCAACUCAGCCCUAAAUCCUCCUCCACCGAUGUUCAUCCUCCGAGUUCACUCCGUUGACGCCAACCACCCUCUCGAUCUCGAGGAGACCGCCUUUUCCGUCGUCUCCUCCACCGCCAGUGAGACUAUCCCUAGCCGGAACCCUAACUAUAAUGAAAGGAGAGGCGUGGUACACCUGUACCGAAGCGUGUCGCAGAGUUCGCUCCCGAACCCUAGCUCUCGCUCCACUUCCCUCUUCGUCGUCGCCGUCCCCAACUACUUGUCGCCCGAUGGCUUCGUCCGGUUCUGCGAGACCCACAUCGACAAUGUCCUCGAGCUCGUCUUCAUCAGAAAUGAUGGGAUGGAAGAUCGGUAUAGCGUGUUGAUCAAGCUUGAUUCCCAAUUGGCUGCCGAUAGAUUCUACAAUUACUUCAAUGGGAGACGAUUCUCUCCUGCGGAGGCAGAGGUAUGCCACAUCUUGUUCCUACUCUCGGUGGAUUACACCGAUUCGGCUGAGGUUGCCAGCACACCUCCGGCAGGGUUUGCGGCAUUGCCUACUUGUCCAAUAUGCCUAGAGAGAUUGGAUCCUGACACUAGUGGAAUACUCAGUACUCUUUGUGAUCAUUCAUUUCAAUGUUCAUGCACUUCGAAGUGGACAUAUUUGUCUUGCCAGGUGUGUAGAUAUUGUCAGCAGGAGGAUGAGAAACCGACUUGUGCUGUUUGUGACACAUUGGAAAAUCUCUGGGCUUGUCUGCUAUGUGGCUUUGUGGGUUGUGGAAGGUAUAAAGAAGGGCAUGCGGUAAGGCAUUGGAAAUGCACAGAGCACCAAUACUCUCUUGAUUUAACAACUCAACAAAUAUGGGACUACGUUGGUGACAAUUAUGUCCAUCGCCUGAACCAGUCGAAAGUGUAUGAUAAGUCUGCUGAUGUGAACUCUAACUGUACAUACAUGGAAGGAGAUUGUGGCACCUGUGAGUGUAGUAAUGACGAUGCUGGGUUUGAUGGGGCUCUCUACAGUAGCAAAGUUGAAGCAAUAGUGGAUGAGUACAACCGUCUUCUCGCAACACAGCUGGAGACUCAAAGACAGUACUACGAAUCAUUAAUAGCAGAAGCCAAAAGUAGGCAAGAAACCUCGAUCUCAGAAGCAGUGGAGGAAGCUGUGAGUUCAACAAUGCAGGAGCUCCAGAAUAAGCUGGAACAAUGUGAACAUGAAAAGAAAGCAGUGGCAGAAGUCAAUCAAGGUCUCAUAAAGGAUGAAGACACUUGGCGUAAGAAGGCCAAAGAAAUUGAGGCUAGGCAGUCUUCAUCUUUAAGGUCCAAGGAUGAGAUGAUACUUGAUCUAGAAGAACAGAUUCGAGAUCUUACAGUUUACCUCGAAGCCCAGAAGACGCUAAACAAGAUGACAGAUCCUAGUGAUAUCCGCGAAGGGACAUUACUACCUGUACCUUUAAAGCAGUCCUCCCCAGCCAAAGCCAAGAGGAAUGCCAAGUCAAAUAGAAGACGAAAUUAAAUACUGUACAAAUUUUAACCAAUCCUGUACAGAGAUUACUGCUUUUUGCAUGCUUGAAUUGUGUGCACACUGCACAGUAGUUGCCUUCAGAAAGAAGCAUUGUCUGCGUUUUUGUCACCUCAACUUCUCAUUGUACAACCAUUUAACCAACUGGGGUGGAGAACCAAUGAACUACUUUCUUAUGG